AUGGGAACUUCUCUUCUUCGCUCCCACGAUUGUCUUCAAGGCGGCGAUGCUUUGUCCCUUAAUUCAUCUUCCAUUAGAUCACAAAGAAACCCUAAUCCCAACCCCAUAUCGUACGAGACUCGCCGCCGGAGGCUCUACGUCGGUGAUCGCUCCAGCAUGGUGGCGAAGGCCCACGACCCAAACCUCGUCAUGGGCCAAGUCAAGAUCCUCAAGAGAGGCGAGAAGCUGAGCCCCGUCAACACCCAUUCCAGCGAUGAUCGUUUUGAUUUGGCUUUGGGAUCCACAAACCGGUUGGGUCCAGAUCCGAGUUCUGUUCCGGUUCCGGGGUUCCUCAGUCUGAGGCGGUGAUGAUGAAUUGGUUGAUGGUAUUGUUAGAUUUGGGCGUGGAUUGUGCGCACUUGAGACCUCACUUGAACAGUGGUUGUUGGGAACUUUCUUGAUGGUUUGAUCCGAUUGCAUGGUCUGGACUAGCGAAUGAUUUGUUUUUCCAAGAUUAAAAAUUUUGAUCCCGAGAAUGCUUCAAAAAUCAUGGGUUGUCUUCUGAUGAACCUUGAAGAGUCUAAAAAGGAACCCUUCUUCCUCUGUUUUC